GAUUUGUUAGAUGUUUAGUUUAUCAGUAUUAACUUUUGAUAUGGUCCCGGUUUCGUAUACGAAGUUUGAAGACUUGGAAAACAAGGUUCGGAGUCACCAACCUGCCUCGAUCAACCCGGUGAGAGCGGUGAUGUCGAAGUUAGCUUCGCAACUGAACUUGGAACAUGAUAAGUACAAGGAGAUCCUUAAAGGCGUAACGGGCAGCACCGGCCCGGUGAAAUCCGUGCUUUGAUGGGUCCUUCUGGUAGUGGCAAAACAACCUUGUUAAAGAUAAUAGGUGGAAGAUUGACAGAUAAUGUUAAAGGAAACAUAACGUACAACGACCUCCCUUACAGUCUGGCUCUUAAGCGAAGGAUUGGAUUCGUGACACAGGAUGAUAUACUGCUGCCUCAACUAACGGUCGAAGAAACCUUAGUUUUUUCGGCAUUUCUGAGACUUCCGAGUGACAUGAGCCUGCAACAAAAGUACGCAAAGGUGGAGAUGAUUAUGAAGGAGUUAGGCCUUGAAAGAUGUCGUCACACAAGAAUACGGGGUGUAUUGAUAAAAGGGAUAUCCAGUGGAGAAAGGAAAGAACUAGCAUCGGUUAUGAAAUUCUCGUUGAUCCAUCAUUGUACUUCCGGUCUCGAUUCUACUUCAGCCAAUAAACUUAUUCAUAUUCUUCAAGAAGUUGCAAAGGCAGGGCGAACUGUAAUCACGAGGAUUCACCAGCCGUCGAACCAAAUGUUUCACAUGUUCAAUAAGGUUCUGCUGAUAUCAGAAGGCUACCCUAUUUACUCCGGGAAGGCAAGAGAUUGCAUGGAGUACUUUUCGUCGCUCCGAUUCAUCCCGGAAAUAGCAAUGAAUCCGGCGGAGUUCCUGCUCGAUUUAGCAACAGGCCAAGUUCAUGACAUAACUCUUCCUGAAGAUCCAGUGGCGUCUCAAGGAACGGCCGAGUCCGAGAAGGCUUAUCUUCAACUCAAGUACAAAACUCAUUUGGAGCCAAAGGAAAAGGAAGAGAAUCACAGAAGUUCCAAGGCGCCACAACACCUCCGGAUGGCUAUUCAAGUGAAGGACUGGACAAUAACUUGGAGUUGCAGUCUUGCUCGGUCUUCUUUGGUGGAAAUUGAGCGCCGCAACCGAGGCUCAACUGAGGGAUCAAAUUGGUCUGCUGUUCUACAUCUGCAUCUUUUGGACGUCUACGUCAAUUUUCGGAGCGGUAUACGUUUUCCCAUUCGAAAAGGUCAUCUGGUGAAAGAACGGAAAGCCGCCAUGUACAGGUUAAGUGUAUACUAUGUUUGCAGCACUCUGUGUGACAUGGUGGCACAUGUUCUGUAUCCCACAUCAUUCAUGUUGAUUGUCUACUUCAUGGCUGACCCAAAUACUCUUCUCCGAUUAAUGCGAUCUUCGACUUCGCAUAUGAACGAAAAACUAGGGAGUGGGGGGGCUGCGGUUUUGAGCAUUAAAAGGGUAGGGAUGAUGGCAUCACUGGUGUUGAUGUUGUUUCUUCUCACAGGAGGUUACUACGUCCAGCAUAUACCGAAAUUCAUGCAGUGGAUGAAGUACUCAUCGUUCAUGUACUAUGGCUUUAGGCUUCUGGUGAGGUGCAAUACUCUGGGGACCAAUUGUAAGAAUGCCAAAGCCCGGGCGGCUGUCGGAAUCUACAGGAUUCGCCUUCGUCCGACACGGUUUACCUCGGCGGAGGCCUGA